UCAAAACCUUGGCUCACAAUUGGGAUUGUGGUUUGGCCGCGCGACUUUUGUCUCCCCUCCCACGACCCAUCGCCAGCCAGCGCGAGCUCUUCCUCCGCGGACGACGGACCGUGACGGCGGAAUACGGUCAGCGGCACUAGGGCCUUCAAAUAUUUGGUAUCCUCAUCGGUGGAAUAAGUCAGGUGUAGAACAGAAAGGAAAGUGGGGAAGAUGGCAGAGCUGCUGAGCAUAGGCAUCCUGAUAGACAUUGUGGAUGAGGAAUGGAUGAGAGACACCCUCCCUAAGGAUGAUAUUCCUCUACCGGCUGGAAUGGCUCCCAGAACUGAAGAUGCUGAAGAACCAAAUCAGGAAAACCAACAAGUGGAGGGGGAUGUUUGGCAUGAUCUUGCCCUGGAGAAUCUCUAAGACUUCAAUGCUGUGGAAGAAGGAUGCAGAUACUUCAACAGCUCAUGCCUGCGCCAUGGUUGUGUGUUUCUACUGCAUAAAUUCUUUUUCAAGAAGUUAGACAGUUUUGUCGGGAACAAGGCUGGGUUACGGGUGAAUCUGAAGUCUGUCAGUAUCCAUUUGAGCAUUGCUUAACCUCUUCCAAAGAGGGCUAAAACUUAUUUUGUUUAGGUAUUUUUAAGGUCAGCUUGGAUGAUAUCAAUUUGUUUGGUUGAACUUUGAUCACGAGUUAUUGUUAUUAUUAUUGCUUGGUAUGACCUCCAAUAAAACAGAGGUAGGUUGAUAUUCAUAUAAGCUAUGCUAACAUGCUGGUGAGAACAGAAUCUUGAAAGGUUAGUGAUAUGCAGUUGUGACCGCA